UGGAGCGCGAAGAUUCAAAUGUAUUAGAAACAGCAACAAGUUAGGGAGACAAACGUUUGAUUUUAAAGCUAGAAAAUACCAACAAUUGAACACUUUUUUGUUCGGAAACAACCACAAAACACUCAUGACUUUAAGGACGUUUCUUUUAAACUGAAUGCAGAAUGGAUAAUGAUUCUUAUUUACAGAUCUUUGAAAAGAGUCUGAGCUUGUAUACAGGAGACGACCCUCUGGAUCUAUGGGACAAGUUCGUGGCCUAUCUGGAGCCGAGGCUGCCUGCAGACGGAGGCAGCGAGAUGCCUCAGGCGUUGGACCACCUGGUGCAGAGAUUCGUGAAUGUGGAUCAAUAUGCCAACGACAUCCGAUAUGUGAAGUACUGCAUCAAAUAUGCGAGUUAUUACCCGGACCCGAUCGCUCUGUACAGUCACCUCUUCAGUCGGGGAAUCGGCACAAAGACGGCGGCGUUCUACGUUUCCUGGGCGAAGCAGUUUGAGCAGGGCGGGUCGGUCAAUCAGGCCGACGCCGUGUUCCAGAAAGCUCUGGAGAACCAGGCGCAGCCGACAGACAUCAUGCUCAACGAACACAGGCAGUUUCAGACCAGAAACAGAAUCCAGGCUCCAUCACCAGCAGGAAUUCGAGCACCGCUGCAAAACUCCCACGUAAUCAACCAGAUGUCGUCCCAGCGAGAGCCUGCUGCUCAGCCCAAGGCCUGGAUGGAGGGUCCAGCUGCCUUGAUAACAGUGUCUCGCUCUGAGAACUUGGGGGUGCUCCCGUCCUCCCAGGGCCCUGGGGUGCGCACGGUGUCGGAGUACAUGACGGAGGAGCUGCUGUGUGAAGGAUCUGAACUCUGCUUCGAGGAGGUCCGGGCCAGGAAGUACUUCGAGAAGCUCCGAGCAAAACAGGCCCAGGAGGAGCGAGAGAGGGAGGAGAAGCUGAGGAAGGAGGAAGACAGUAACCUGAAGAUGAAAUACAGACUGGAGGAAGUGAACCAGGAACAGGAGAUACCUGAAACUCUGCUGCUUGUCCCCUCUCUGCUGCAGCGCUCUGUAGUGGAUCAAGACCCUGGUGCGAUCCCUUAUAUUACCCAGCAGCCUUCAGUGCGCCCACCCCCCUCGUCUAGCAGGCGUUCUCUCAGCCUGAGGUUGCACACCGAGCCCACCUUCUUCCAGGAAGCCUCCUCCUCCUCCUCCUCCUUACCCGAACUGCCGGCACAUCUGCAACGCGGUCUGAGCGCCGAGGCUUCCCAGCAUGCACCUGUCCUCGCUGACCGGAGCGUGCAGCUACCACAAUUCGCCCCGACGACAGAGUCCACAGACUCGGAGCAGAUGAACGUGUCGCUGCACAGACCAGCAUGCACCUCUGCAGACUUCUCCAUGCAGGAGGAUCCAGAGAGCCGUCUGGAGAGCCAGCAGGAAGCCGCUCACCCCCCGGAGUUUGAGGAGAGACUCAACAUGUCUCAGGGCGGCACCGCUAACCUGUCUCACAUCACCCCCAACACCUCUCUGGGCUUCGUUCAGGCCACUCCCUCCAGGGUGCUGCCCUCCCCCACCGUCAACACCCGGGAGGCACUGGGCGUGAUCAUGGACAUGUUCCAGGCCCCGACGCUCCUCAAGGAUCCGUUCGACAACACGUCGGUGCUCCUCGCCGGGGAGCAGACGCUGGAUCCCGGACACCAGAGAAACGGCGUCUCAUCGUUCUGCGCCCCCCCGACUGCCGCCCCGUUCACCGUCUUCCAGGACGACAUCGACAAAGAGAACGGAAGUACUGCGGCUCCCUUUGUGGUGGAGAAGUCUAAACCAAUGAGAGCACUCGCUGAAAUCCCUGUUUCUAACAAACCCAACGAGACUCCUCCGGACCUGAUGUCGGACGAGAGCACGAUGUGGGGCGCUCAUUUCAACUCCCUGCACUCCCUGGCUGCCUGUCCCAACAGCACCAGCGACUUCGCCAUGUUGGCACAGUUCGUCUCCACGCCGUUCACAAACAAGUCGGUCUUCAACUUCUGCGAGGACAAAGUGAAUAAAAGUGAUGGUGGAGACACUGAAGACGAUGCUUUUACCAGACGUCAGCCGAAAAAACUCAGCCCCAUCAUGGAGCAGAGCCCUUCCACCGACACCGCCUACAGUGAGCUGGCUCCGUCCGAGGGGGGUCACGGCACCAUCGUGGGGGAGGGUCUGGCCCCGGCGCCCCCCUGCCUCUCCUCCUCCUCCUCCUGCACCACCAUAGUGCAGCCCCCCCCUCCUGCCAUGCUCUCCUUCCGCGAGCAGACGCUCUGUUCGUCUGAGGCCUCCAGGACGAUGCCGGCAGCAGCGGUGGGGCCCGACUGGGACGUUUACACCAAGGCAGAACCCUUCACCAUCAUGGAGGAUUCUCAGAAACCCCCCAGUCCGGAGCGGGUCCAGCAGCGGGUCCAGGACAUCCCCAUGAGCCCAGAUUACCCGCCCAAACCAGACUGGCUGGCCUUCAGCAGCCCAGACUACCAACAGAAGCCCCUCAGGAGCCCGGAGCCGCGGGGGGAGUUUGACCUGGACGCCUUCGUGAGCCCCCGCCUGCAGAGGAACACCGAUGUUCCCAUGAGCCCGGAGGCGGCGGCGCUGCAGGAUGAGCCCAUGAUGAGCCCAGACAGGAAGCAGGGGAACCUGGUCUCUGACCCCUGGGACGACGACCUGAUCGCUCGACUGCUCGCCUCGCUCAGCCCCCCUCUCACCACUCAUCCCCGCUGCAUCACCUGGCAGUGCAACGUGCCCAACAUCGCCCCCAAGACCACCAUCAGCAUGGGAAAAGCGUCGCUGAGAGUGGACUGUGUUCUGGGACAGGGAGCGUUUGCCACCGUCUACCAGGGCACCGACCCCAUGACCUCGGAGAAGAUGGUGCUGAAGGUCCAGAAACAGAAGCCAGGGAACCCCUGGGAGUAUUACAUUAACACGCAGCUGGACGCCCGGCUGCAGCCCGGCCUCCGUCAGCUGUUCAGCCGCCUGCACUCCGCCCACCUCUUCCACAACGGCUGCGUGAUGCUGGGGGAGCUGUACAACUACGGCACCCUGCUGAACGCGGUGAACAUCUUUAAAACCCAGAGUGAUAAGGUGAUGCCUCAGCCUCUCGUCAUGUACUUCAGCGUCUGCAUCCUUCAGAUGGUGGAGACGCUGCACAGCAUCCGCGUGAUCCACGCCGACAUCAAGCCCGACAACUUCCUGCUGGGCGAGAGGUUCUUGGAGAACCGGUGUUUCCAACCGGAGAACUUGGACCACGGUCUGGUGCUCAUCGACUUUGGCCAGAGCAUCGACUUGGACCUUUUCCCAGAAGGCACUGCUUUCACCGGCAAGUGUCUGACGUCCGGCUUCCAGUGCACCGAGAUGAUCAGCGGGAAACCCUGGAGCUUCCAGACGGAUUAUUUCGGGAUCGCGGGCACGGUGUACUGCAUGCUGUUUGGGACGUACAUGCAGGUGACGAGCGAAGGCGGCGCGUGGAAGACUAACGGAGUAUUCAGAAGGAACCCCCACAGCGACCUCUGGGUGGACUUCUUCCACACCCUCCUGAACUCCCCCCCCCACGGCGCCCUGCAGAGCCUCCGCCUCCGCCUCACCUCCGUCCUGCAGCAGAACUACAGCAGCAAACUGCCCACCUUAAAGAGCCGCCUGACGGUGCUGCUGCUGGAGGCCCGCAAAGCUGCCAGGAGAUGAGGAGGAGGAGACCAGGACAGACCUUCCUUUAAAUGUCUUCACUGUUCAACCUUUACGUUUUAAGGAAGAUCCGAAUCUGUACAUUAUAAAACUGUAAAUAUCAUUUGGUUGCUUUUUUUAUCUGCUCCCGGUAGUUUGAGGUGUGUUUUUUUCUUAAUAAAUACAAUGUGUGUUAGAUGAGACGCUGGAGGUUAUUGAAGACACGUUGUUACCUGAUUCCACCAGAGCAGAAAUAAAAGGAGGGGGAAACCCUUACACUGAGCCUCAA